AGAGGUUCCCUGCAGCAUUGGCGAGAAGGAGACGGGUGCAUGGCGAGGGUAUGCCUGGGCCGUCGCUUGCUGACCAGGUCAUGUCCAUGUACAGCCACUCGUCCGGAAGGCACCUGGCCGACGCCGACCUGGUGGCUUCGCUCUCGGCCACCCUCGCUGCUGGGGCGGAUGUCUCGCAUUUGGAGCUCGGGGCUGGGUCGGGCAGUGGAGGAGGGCGCGGAAAAGGUGGCAAAGCCAAUAGAGGCGGAAGUGUUGGCAAUGGCCUGCCGGCGUCGAAAAUCCCAAAGUCGGACUACGUGGUGACCUCGUCGCCUCUGCCGGGCAAGGGCCCGGACUCGGUGUACUCGGCUGCCGAUGGGCUCUGGCACACCACUGUCUUCCCCAGAGCUGUUCCGUCGUCGCGGCGGGAUGUUGACUUGCUCAACGAGUGGAUCGAAGCAAAGACGUCACAGCUCGCUGCAGAGGCCGACGACCCACUCAAGCUCAUCGCGGCCACCAACUCGAUCUACUCCAUCGCCAUCCACGAAGUCACCCGCCAGGUCACCGUCCAGUGCGCGCCGCGUGGCAAGCUCCUCACCAAGCUCUUUCGCAAGUAUGUGGCUCUCUUUCAGCGUAUUCUCAAGCUUGUCCAGCGCGACAAGUCCGGUGAGGACGUGGAGGCCCAACGGGCACUCACCGACCAGCUGCAGACCCAGCGGAUCAAGUACAACGACAUCAUCGACGCACUUCGUCUCGAGUUUGACCACGCUGUUCGCGACGUCCUCGCUCAGAAGAAGGAGCUCGAGUCGCAGAACGCAACACUGACCGGGAAGCUGCAGCACGCCGAGCAGCGGAUCGAGCGCUUCUCCAUCGGCCGCGUUGCCGCAGAGGCUAAGAUCGAGGAGCUGACGGACCAAUGCGCCCAGCAGUCGCGGGCGCUUGACCGUCUGCUCGCUGAGAAUAGGCAGCUCCGCCGCUCGGCGGCCGCCAGCGAAGCGGCCGCCGUUGCCGCCGUUGCCUCUGCGCCGGGCGCAUUGGAUCGCGCCUACUCGUUUGGCACCCAGACGCCGUCCGCGUGGUGGACAACCUCGCUCGGCGAGCUCUCUGCGGCCCUUAGCGGAAAGUCGAAGUCGACGACUGCCACUCGCGCCGCAGCAGAGAUUGAGAACAUUGUUGCUGCCCGCGUUGCCACCGAGCUCGAUCGAAGGCGCCAUGACGCCGACGCCCACCUCGCCGACCGAGCGACCCAGACCGACGGCAGCUUAUUCGCCGUUGCCGAGUCUGCCAGACAGGCUGCUGCCAGGAGCGCAGUUGCAGCCAGCGUUCAGACCGAGCCGGUCGCCUUCCGCGAGUCGUACGACUCGGACGAGAGCGAGUUUGACUCAACUGUGCCUAUGGUUGGCCUCCGCGAGUUCUACCACGAGCUCAAUGCCGAUACAUUGCUCAAUCCCACAGUUUGGGCCGUCAUCGAGGAACGGACCAACCGCGAGCUCGAGACCCGUGCUGCGCCGCAGCAUGCUCCGCCGCAGCACUGGAGCGGCGCUGUCGCAGAGGUCUCGAUCGAGGUGCCGACUGCGGUGGUCGCCACUGAGGCGGCUGCUGCUGCAUGCAGCGCCAGCGAGUCGGCGUCGGCCAUAUCGGCAGAUGGGAGCACUAAGUCGGGAUCAGGCUCCGAGUCUGCAGCAGAAUUGCGAACUGGUUCGGCAUCCGACUCGUCGUCUGCAUCGUCGGCAUCGUCGGCAUCGUCAACAGCAUCGUCGGCAGCAUCGUCGGCAGCAUCGUCCUCGCUGGACAUGACCGAGUUCAAGGCCAAGCUAGCCUCGGCAUCGUCGGCAGCGAUUGCUGCGGUUGGCGUCAAGGUGAGUGAUAGCGAGGUGUCCCCGGCUGCGUCACCGACGACAGUAUCUGCGGCAGCUGGGCCGGCUCCGCCGCCGCCGCUCCCGCACCUGCCGUCUUUCUGGGCCCAGCCCGAUUCUGCGGUCAAGGACAUCGACACCACGCUGGCAGCGAUUGUCGAGCCGACGCAUGUGCCACUGGUGGCCGGCUCGGUGCCCGGCGUGGACGUGCCGCUCUCGCCGUCGUCGCCGCUGGCCCCGUCGCCGACAUCGCUGCCGGUGCGGCCGCCUAGCGGUCUGGGAGUGGUGAGCAGCGGGGGCUCAGAGGCGGCCAAGGUGCUCAACCGAGCGCGCGACAUUCUCAUGUCGGUCCUCACAGUGGCCGACGACCCGCUGCUGCAGUCGAUGGCGACUUCGGACAUGACCUCGCUCGACAAGUUUGAGCGAGUCCUCAACCGGAUGGCCGUUCGGCUAGAGGCCAUCACCAAUGAGCACAAGGCGUUCCGGACCAUGCAGGAGCUGCUGUUGCAGCGGGCGAGUGGCGCUGGCUCGAAACAAGGCAUUCCGAUGGCCCAGCGGGCACCAAUGCUGAGCGAGACGCGGCGUACGUCGUCGUCCGACAAGUUGCGGUCGGCUGCCAACUCUAUCAUUGCUGCCAACCGGCUCCGCGCGUUCUCGACCCAGGGUGCAGAGCGACGCUCACAGCGUUCGCGCUCGCACUCGUUUUCUCAGUUUAUGCCCUCGGCCUCGUCGCGUCGAAUUUUCGACAAGCCUGCAGCGGCGCUGGAAGGCAUGCCGGCCAUGGACGAGGUUGCUGAGGCAAGUCUGAAAGAGAGAAGCGGGAGCAAGAGCGAGAGCGGGAGCGGAAGCAUGAGCGGAAGCGAGAGUGCAAGCAAGUGCGGAAGUGAGACCGGGGACGACGAUGACAUGGAAACGUCUGAUACGGAGUCGGCUGUGGCCAGAGAUGAUGAGGCGUUGAUGCAAAGCUUGCCGUCGGCGUCGUCGACGCUGCUCUCCGAGUCGGGAAGCCUCAACCGGUCAUUCUCGAUUGCCGGAGCCAUGACGCCGUCGGAGCAGAUUGUGCGGAAUCAGCUGUCAAAGGCCAACGCGCGGCUUCGUGCGAUGGAGCAGCAGGUCAGGAUCCUGCGCAAGGCGCUGCUCUCUGCACGGGCCAAGCUGCGUGCGGCCGGGCUGGAGGCCGCAGCCGAAAAGGCGACCGCGGCUGCUCGACGCGGUGGGGUGUCGGCGUCCGAGCUGGCGGCGGAGCCGCCCACGGAUGUGGCGCUCAAGGUCAAGAGCGAGAUUGACAGCGACAUCAAGGCGCUGCUGCGGAGCCGCGGGCUCUUGGGAAGAUUACCCGAGUCAGGCAGCGACGACGACGAUGGCGACGAGCUGGUGUGUAUGGUGGCGGUGGCGACGCAAACCGAGGGUGUCGGAACGGCGGUAGCCGCGACGCAAACAGCGGGAGACGGCGUAACGUUGACAGUGAGCAUGCAGGCUGCACGUGGGCUGCCUGUUCAGGCAUCGGCCGACAACAUGCUGCUGGCGCUGCGGUCGCGGCUCAAGGACCAAAUCGAACAGCUGGCUCAGACGCAACAGCGUCUGGUACGGACUGCGUCGUCGGCGUCGAUGCAGCGCUCCGACUCGGCGUCGAUGCGGCGGUCCGACUCGAUGUCUGUGGCAUCACGUGAGAGCCCACCGCUUGACGGCCAAAGCCUGGCUGCAGCGGCAGCGAUUUCCGCGUCAACGCCACAUGUGGUGGCGCCGUUUGCCUCGCGUUCGCUCCCACAUACACCGCGUCGCAGCACGCUGGAUUCAGAGACAGCACUAGCGGUGAAGGUGCUCGAGCUCGAGGACCGGCUGCGGGAGCAGACAGAGGCGCACCGGGCGGAGUUGGCGCAGGCUACUGCUGCAGCGCAGCAUGGGCCGCGGCCGCCGACCGGUGAAGCGCCGUCGGCUCCGGCGGCUGUGCGAGCGGUGCGUGAGCGGGCGUUGCGGAGCCGGCGGGAAGCGGCGCGCGGGGCGUCCGAGACGAGCGAGGUGCGUGCAGCAGCUGUCAAGCUUGCGGCAGCGUCGACGGAAGGUGGCAGCGGCUUGGAGGAGGGCGCCGACGAGGUGCCCAUAGCAGCAAGGGGGAUGCGGAACUCUGUGUCUGAGGCCAUGAUGGCGGUCGGCGGAGGGGUUGGCUCGUCGCAUGCUGUACUGCCGCCGAUUGGAGCGGUGGGCAGAACGGGCGAGCUCGGGCUGCGGAGUGGUGGCGCGCAGUCACUGGUCAUCACCACAGCAGGUGGAGGCAGUGGAGUGCUCCGGGUGGCGCGGAGUGUGGAGCGGCUGGCAGGAACUCGGGGAACCUCGGGCGGGGGCUCGGGCUCGCGGUCGCGGUCGCGGUCGCUGACGCGGUCGCGGUCGGGCUCGCACUCGCGGUCGCCGUCACAGGAAGGAACGUCAAGCGAGCAAGCCGGCGAGCUCUCGCCGAGCACAAUGGUGAGCGCGAUGCGGAACCGGCUGACGAGCACGGUGCAGCUGGACACCAAGACCGGGCGGGCGCCAAGGCCAAAGCCGCUGCGGUGGGUGCUGCAGCGGGUGUGGCAGCUUUACUCGGACAAGAUGUCGGCGGACAGCUCUGACGACCGGGUUGGCAUGCCGCACAUCCCGUUCCAGAUCUUUGUUUACGAAUGGUUUGUGCACGAGUACGGGCUGCGGUCGCUAGCGGAGGCGAACCUCAAGGCGCUAUUGCACACGGUGAGUGUCCGUGCGGAUGGGUCGCCACGAAUGGCGAUGUUUGCGCGGUUCUGCGGGCUUGCGUGCGCUGACCAAGUAUACUCGCUGGACGUGCUGGACGUGUUUCUGGCGACACUGCGGCAGGUUGUGGGCCAUGCGGGGGUGACGCUCGAGGCCGAACCUGUGCGUGUCGGGGUGACAGCGGCGCUGGAUGGAGUGCACAAGGCGCUGAGCGCGGAGCGCGGGAUUGCGGCCGCGCAGCUCGAAAAGGCGAUGGCACAGUUGGCAGCCGUACUGAUUCGAGAGGCUGAGGGUGUAGACGGCGAGCAGAUUGUGGACGUGGACACGGUGCUGGGCGAGACGGUUGGGGUCUGGCUGCAGGUGUUUGACCCGACGUAUGCGCGGAUGCAGGCGCUGUACCGGGCGGCGGACAUGAACGGCGACGGCGAGCUCGACUGCCAAGAGUUUGUGCACACGGUCCUGCAUGCGGCGCCGUCGUUUUCUGCGGCGGAGGCGCGUGCGCUGUUUGUGGCCCAAGCCGGGUCGGAGGAGGCGACGAUGGCGCCGGGCGGGUUUGUGGCUGCCGCGCAGGCCGGACAUCUGCCGUCGUGGCAGCCCGGCGGCGACAUGCGCGGGACCGACCUGGUGGAGCGGCUGGAGCGGCUGUGGGGCUCGACGCGCGAAGCGGUGAUGGACGAGAUUGAGGUGCUCAACCGCAAGCUGGCAGGCACAUCCGAAGUGGAUCUUGCCACCGAGCGGCUGUCGAACUUUGUGCGGCUGUACUCGGAGGAGGCGCGCGAUGUGCUCGCGACGUGGUACGCGUACCACCUGCUGAUGCUGGACCUUGCACUUGCACGUGAGGUCUUCCGGGCGUCGCUGCCGUCACCGGGUGAGCGGUUGCAUCUCGGGCGGCGGACGUAG